AUGCUGGAGGUCAAGGUGUUGUACUUCGCGUCGGCGCGAGAGGAGAUCGGCCUGCGCGAGGAGAAGCUGCAGCUCCCCGUGGACGGCGACAAGAACUCGGCCACGCUGGCCUCGCUGCGCCGCGUUCUGGUGGACAAGUACCCGCAUGCGGCGGCCACCAUCGAGAGCAUCACGCUGGCGCGCAACCUCGAGUACUCGGAGGACGACUCGCCCCUCGACGACGGAGACGAAGUGGCGCUGAUCCCGCCCAUCAGCGGAGGAUGA